AAUAAAUCAAGCAAUAAACUUACAAUAAAGGGAGUAAUAUACGCCAAUGGAUCUAAAUAAUAUCCUUUAUAACUCUGGAUUACAAGCUGGACCACCGAAUAGGGCCAAAUAAAGAGAGCUACACGUAUCAUGAAAACGAUUGCUAUAAUUCUUGGUGUAUUUGCCCAGGGUUGCAUCGUAUCAGGUUGUUUGGACGUCGUAUUCUCUCUUGAUGUUAGUUGUUCAGUAACAGUUGCUGAUAAAGAAGUUAUGAGAGAAAUAGUCAUGACUGUCGUCAACAGUUUCAAAACUAUAGGUACUGGGGAGAAUGACUAUCAAGUCGCCAUGUUAACUUACGAUAGAGGUGUUAAAAAGCUUUUCUACCUCAACGAAUAUACUGAGAAAGGCGCGUUGCUAGAUGCAAUCAAAAAUGCCGAUCUGCAGCCUUUUGACUGUAGACGUCUGACGUAUAUAGCUCUUGAUCGAGUAAGGACAGAGUUUUUUCAUCGGAAAACUGGUGGGAGGAAAAACAACACGAAUUUCCAUCUCAUGAUGACAGAUGGUGUAACCGCACCAACUAAGAGAUCCGAAGUAACUUUAAAAAGCGCUGCUAAACUGAAAAAGACAGGAGUUGAGUCAAUGGUGGUGGCAUUUAGUAAACCCAAAAGCAAAAAACAAGUAAAUGAAAGUACAGAAGAAUGGGAGGCUAUAUCAACAGCAGGAAUACUGAGACUUGAUAUAGUAGAAGAAGAGGUGGAGCAAAUGGGUAAAAGUAUAUCAGAUGCAAUGGAAGCGAACGAGAAAAUAAAGUGCUUAGAAAUAUGUGGAAGGCCA